AUGUAUCGCUGUGUCCGAGUGACUUUGCCUGAUAGUUACUUCCAGUGCAUCCUGUGGAGGGACUCGCCUCAGAAGCACAUCGAAAUCUUUAAAUUGGAUACAGUAACAUGCGGGACCAAAUCGGCAUCAUUUAGUCCGUGCGCGCAAUGCACCAGUUGGCCUUUGAUGAGCGUGUGGUGUUCCAGUCACCAAGAAGUCCUCGAGGGAAUAGCCUAUGAAGAUAGGGAACAGUACUUGAAAUUAGAUGAUGGAAGCGAUGUCACCAAGGCCCUUGCUUUGAAAGACAAAUUAACUUGGGAUGAAAGCUUGCCGAUUGCAACCUGGAGGGAGCGGUGCAGCAGUAUUCGCAACAUUCGCCAUGUGUCGUUUCCCGGAGUGGUACUCUUCGCAGGAGCUGAUGUUGAAAUACAUGGAUUUUGCGAUGCCAGUGUGGAUGCCUAUGGGGCCUGCAUCUACGUGGUGGCCAGAAGUCCUCUAGCCACAAGCCGUAUCCUUUGCUCCAAGUCUCGAGUUGUGCCAUUAAAAACAUUGACUGUCCCAAAACUAGAAUUAUGUGGAGCGAAGCUGCUGGCAAAUCUGAUGCAUGAAGUCAAGCGCACAGGCAUCUUUGUCAGCCAGUUUUAUUGCUGGUGCGAUUCGUCCGUUGUCCUAACUUGGAUAAGAGAUGAGACCUUCAAAUUUAAUGUUUUCGUGGCAAAUCGUGUGACUGCCAUACAAGAACUCACUACCAGUAUGGAGUGGCGAUAUGUUCCGACGGACAGAAAUCUAGCUGACAUUCUUUCUAGAGGCACAGUUCCCGACGUCCUAGCCCAAUCAGAGCUCUGGUUUCAUGGUCCAUCGUAUCUAUUAGAUGGUCGUCUAAAUUGGCCGGCGUCCUGUCUGCCUGAAACGCCAACCAUUGAAUUAAGAGUACUGAUCAUUAAGUCUCCACAUGCAGAUUUAACUCUAGGAUGCAAGCACACAAACUCAUUUGGCUCCAUGCAGCGCACAUUUGGCUCUGUGUACAAAUUCCUGAAGCGUAUAAGGCAUCAUGGACUCACUGUUGAUGACAUUCAUCACGGCACUCGGAUUCUUCUUUGGGCUGUACAGAGAGCUAACUUGUGGGAUGACAUCAAGGAGAUUCACUCUCAUGGAAAUGUGAAAAAAUCCAGCUCAAUCGCAUCUCUUGCACCAUUUCUGGAUGAAGGUGACUUCCUCCGUAUUGGUGGCCGGCUUAGCAAUUCAUCUCUAGACUAUGAUGCGCAACAUCCUAUUAUAUUGCCUCGGCGUCAUGCAAUCACCUUGGCUCUCAUUGUUCAGUUUCAGGAGAGGAAUCUACACACUGGUCCCCGCGCACUUCUAGCCAAAAUUCGACUUUAA